AUGGGCGAUUUAAUGGACGGCGGUCGUGAAUGGAAAGACGAAGGAUGGCAAAAGGAAGUGGACCGGUUUUUCCGUCUAUUCAACUCACAGGCCCCGACCUAUUAUAUGGUGGGAAAUCACGAUAUUGGAUUUGGCAAUGGGAUCCGCCCCGAUGUUAAACGCCGCUUUAUCAGCGCAUUCGGUCCUACUUCCUACUUUGUGAAUAUGACCAAUUAUGUCCUUGUUGUCAUUGAUACCGUAUCGCUUAGCAGUUCGGAUCCCAACGUAUACCAGGACGCCUUGGAUGUCAUGACCUCUUCUCUUCCACCUUUACCUCGCAUUUUGAUGACCCACGUUCCGCUUUAUCGCCCAGAGGGCACUUAUUGUGGCCCUGAUCGAUGGCAGAGUCGACCGGGCGGGAUCCGAGAUGGACAAGGGUACCAAUACCAGAAUUUACUAUCACCCGAGUUAUCCAAGCAGUUGUUGGACCACAUCAACCCAAAAGCCAUCUUUUCAGGCGAUGAUCAUGAUUACUGCGCUGUCACUCACCGGCCUGGAGUGACAGAAUACACCGUUCCAACAUUCAGUAUGGCUCAGGGUUUAAGAUACCCGGGUGUCAUGCUUUUGGACCUUUCUUCCAGCGAACCA